UGAUUUAAUGGUGGAUAUGAACUUCAGUUCCAAUUUUCAGAUGAUAUCCAUAUCCAUAUGUUCCGACUAGAAGCGGAACACUGAUCACUUUUAACGGAAGCCCAAUUUUUAAGGGCUCUAAAGAAGCGCGCACCGCUCACUCUAGAAGUGCUCGUAUCCCAUCGCCUCCUUUCAUCCAAUGGAUCUCUCUGCCCUGUCUUACCAAAAAUUCGUGCACUUCGCGCUGGAAGAGACCCAACGCCGCACCACCCUCGCUCCCCUCCCUUCCCAGGAGAAAUUCAGGUCCAUCAAGGCCAAGGAUGACAAGACCAUGCUUCAUGGACUUUCAUUUUCUGCCCCCAAAAUUAGGCUUCUUCGUAGUUUGACAAUUGAAGGAAGUGAGGCCGUGAAGGUACUCGAUUUUGCCGCAUUCUCUAAACCAGAAUUUGAUCUGCCUAUAUUUUGUGCCAACUUUUUCUUGAAUGCUAGCCUGAGCAUUGUUGUCUUGGACCUUAACCCUUUAUAUGAUGUCACUAUCCGAAGUGAUUACAAAGAUAAGUACUACAUAAAGUUAAUGUCUCUUGGCCAGAAAUAUGCUGAGGUAUCAAAAAUUUUGAAACUUAAGCUACCAAUUCUACCACUGACUUUUUUAAAUUAUACUUGCCAAAUUUGUAGCUUCACAUUUUUAUCUAAGACUAUACAGCUUCUGCCCUGGGGAGGCAAGGUUACAAGUGAAUCUUUGAGAUUUUUCUCGCCAAUUGUGAUUUGGAGUAUGCUCAGCUCAAAAAAAUACAAGCAUGAUAUUCUAUAUUCCGCAUUCAUGGAUUACUUUCAGACAUGGCUUGAGUUGAUGGAUCAAGCAGUGGAAGAGACAGAUGCACUGAAGAUCCUUCGUAAUCGCGAAGCACAGCAUAAAUAUCUUACAUGGAGAGCAGAAAAGGAUCCUGGGCAUCCAAUUUUGAAGAGGCUGAUUGGAGAAAAACUGGCAAAGGAUUUGCUGAGGAACUUUCUUUUUGAGGGAGUUGAUACCCUGGGAACCAGGACAUUCUUGGAUUACUUCCCUGAGUAUAGAUGCAAGGAUGGGUCAAUAAAUCAGAGGCGCAGUAUCAUUGGGAAGUCUUAUGAAACUCGCCCCUGGGAUGCAAAAGGGGAAUUUAUUGGUAGUGAACCUGGAUAACAUGUUCAUCCUUAUGUGUGCUGCAUUAUUUAAAUUUUUUUAUUUUCUACUAGAUAUAUCAUUUUAGAUAUCUUUCCAUCUCUCUCUCUCUCUCUCUCUCUCUCUCUGGUAGUAUCUAAUACAUUUACAGCAGAACUUUAAUCAAUGUUUUCAUGAUAGGAAUUUUUCCAGUGUUCUCA